UAUACACUCUGUGGGUGACAUCCAGUGUGUGCAGACGUGUUUAAAAUUAUCUAAACAAAAAUGUCUAAGGUCGACAUUAAAUACACGAAGUUGUUCAUCAACAACGAGUGGGUGGAUGCUGCUAGCAAGAAAACAUUUCCAACUAUUAACCCUCAGGAUGAAACCGUGAUCACUCAAGUAGCUGAAGGAGAUAAGGCUGAUGUUGAUAAAGCAGUAAGUGCGGCUAAGAAAGCCUUCCACCGAUAUUCGGAAUGGCGUACCAUAGACGCCUCCCAAAGAGGUCGCUUGCUCCUCAAACUGGCUGAUCUCAUGGAACGAGACGUGAAAUAUCUUGCGGAAUUAGAAACCCUGGACUGCGGAAAGCCAAUCAAAAAUGCUGAGAAUGAAAUUCUAUGGUCCGCCGGUAUUGUCCGAUAUUACGCUGGGAAAGCGGACAAAAUUCUUGGAAAUACAAUUCCAGCAGAUGGUGAAGUCUUGACAUUUACUCUAAAAGAACCAGUAGGUGUAUGCGGUCAAAUACUGCCAUGGAACUAUCCUAUUCCUAUGUUCAUAUGGAAAGUUGCACCCGUAUUGGCUACAGGUUGCACAACUAUUAUAAAACCUGCAGAGCAAAGUCCAUUGACAGCCUUAGCUCUAGCCGCCCUGAUUAAGGAAGCUGGCGUCCCGGCAGGCGUUGUGAAUGUAAUCCCUGGUUACGGCCCUACUGCCGGAGCUGCUAUUACCCACCAUCCUGAUGUCGACAAAGUCGCAUUUACUGGAUCCACAGAGGUGGGCCGCAUCAUCAUGUCAGCGGCAGCAGCUGUAAAUCUGAAACGCAUUACCCUUGAACUCGGAGGCAAAAGUCCCCUUGUCAUCUGCAAUGAUGCCGAUGUGGAGCAGGCAGCCAUAAUUGCUCACAAUGCUGCAUUUUCUAAUGGUGGUCAAUGUUGUGUUGCUGGUACAAGAACAUAUGUUCAAUCUGGCAUAUAUGACAAAUUUGUGGAGAAAGCUACUGAAAUUGCUAAAAAAAGAAGCGUUGGAAAUCCCUUUGAAAACGUAGAUCAAGGACCUCAGAUCGACCAAGACAUGUUCGACAAAGUAAUAGGGUACAUUGAUGCUGGAAAGAAAAGUGGUGCUAGAUGUGUAGUAGGUGGGAGCCGUAUUGGUCAAGUUGGAUACUACAUUCAGCCAACUGUAUUUGCUGACGUAAAAGACGAUAUGAAGAUUGCCAGGGAGGAGAUUUUCGGCCCGGUUCAAAGCAUCUUAAAGUUUGACACGUUGGAGGAGAUGAUUGACCGCGCUAAUAAUACUGAGUACGGUCUUGGAGCUGGAAUUAUCACCAAGGAUAUCACAGCCGCGCUUACUUUUGUGAAACACGUCCGUGCUGGCUCUACCUGGAUCAACACAUAUGAACAUAUUGUCGCUCAGACACCAUUUGGAGGAUUCAAGCAAUCUGGUACUGGACGUGAAUUGGGCGAGGAAGGCAUACAACAAUAUUUAGAAAACAAAACUGUGACGAUAAGCCUGCCAAAGAAACCACUGCUACAGUAACAUACUAUAAUAUUUCAUUAAAACAGUACCAAUUUAUGACACUAUUAUGACAUUUCAAAAAUUAUUAAUUAUCA